UGCUGAUCAUGCGAUCAUGUGACAGUGUGUUGUAGUGAAUCACGUCCUGGAAUGAAGCUAUUUUUAAUGCACCGCUGGAAACGUGUCCUCGUUAAGUGUUUAUGGAGGAGAUGUUGAUGUCCGGGGAGCGUCAUGGUGAUCAUUAAUUCACUGCUAAAACUGGUGCAGCGACAGACAUACACCUGUUUGUCUCAUCGCUAUGGACUUUACCUGUGCUUUGGAGGACUUGUUCUUAUGAUCGUGUCUGCCUUUCAGUUUGGAGAGGUCGUGGUAGAGUUGAGUCGAGGUCAGUACCAUGUGUUAUUUGAUUCCUACAGAGACAAUGUUGCAGGAAAGUCAUUUCAGACCAGGCUUUGUCUGCCGAUGCCCAUUGAUGUGGUUUACACUUGGGUAAAUGGGACAGACACAAACCUGCUGAAGGCUCUCCAUGCCAUGAGACAGCAGUUGGAAGAGGAACAGAAGGCACUGAGGGAACGUCUGGGAAAGAAUGCAUCUGAAAUGACCGAAGCUCCUAAAGGAAGGCCAGAAUGUCUGCUGUCCCACUGUAUCAUGGCUCCUGUGCUGGUGCUGGAUCCGGCCCUCCCUGCCAACAUCACCUUAAAAGAGCUGCCAACUGUUUCAGCUGCUUUCUCGUCUACCAAACAACUCCUACAAGUGGCCAAACCCCUCCAUCCUUCCACAAGCGUGUCUGUCCUUCUUUUCCACUCCCAUAGCGAAGCUGAAAAGGCCCAGACAGAUGCUGUGAAGAACUCCCUGACACACUCCAUCAGCAGAGGUUAUUUGACAACUGAUAAAGAGGCUCCUGGUUUGGUCCGCAUGCACACUCUGGCCUAUCUGAGCGGCUUCCCAGGGUCAUUAAAGGAAACCGAGCAGCUCAGGGUCAAACUGCCAGCUGUGGUGACCAGUAAAAUCAAACAGUUGCAGCUGUACUCUGAGGCCAGCAUCGCUUUGCUCCACCUGAACAGCGCUCAGGAUUUCACUGAUCUCACCCAGCAGGCCAAGAAGAACCUGACGCUGGACGGGAAAGAACUAACAGUCAGCCCAGCGUAUCUGUUCUGGGACCUGAGUGCCAUCUCACAGUCCAAGCAGGAUGAAGAUGUGUCUGCCAGUCGCUUUGAAGAUAACGAGGAAUUGCGCUAUUCACUGCGCUCUAUCGAGAGACAUGCACCCUGGGUGCGGCACGUCUUUAUUGUGACUAAUGGGCAGAUCCCAUCCUGGCUUAACCUGGAUAAUCCACGAGUUUCUGUGGUUACCCACCAGGACAUUUUUCUGAACCAGUCCCAACUUCCUACAUUCAGUUCUCCUGCCAUUGAGACCCAUAUACACCGAAUCCCAGGACUCUCACAAAAGUUUAUCUACCUCAAUGAUGAUGUCAUGUUCGGUAAGGAGGUGUGGCCCGAUGACUUCUACAGUCACUCCAAAGGUCAAAAGGUGUAUCUCACCUGGCCUGUUCCAAACUGCGCCGAUGGCUGCCCAGGCUCCUGGAUCAAAGAUGGCUACUGCGACAAGGCCUGCAAUAACUCGGCCUGUGACUGGGAUGGAGGAGACUGUCAAGGUGCUGCAGGCAGCAGUCGUUUUGGAGGAGGCAUAGGUGGCGGUUCUGUGAUUGGAGGCGGGCAACCUUGGCAGUUGGCAGGUGGCCUAGGAGGGCUGGGGGGCCUGUCCUUCUGUAACCAGGGCUGUGCUAACUCUUGGUUAGCCGAUAAGUUCUGUGACCAAGCAUGCAACGUUCUUGCCUGUGGGUUUGAUGUGGGUGACUGCGGACAAGAUAAUUUCAACCAGCUCCACCGUGUCAUCCUCCAGAAAAGCCAGACACACUACACCCUGCCUCAGGGAGAACUCCGGCCAUACUUUUGCUUCUCAGGCAUGGCCAACCGUGUGUCAGAGGCUCAGGUUGGUGAUAGCCCAGCAGUCCGUCACACUUCUGUCGCCAACAAAUGGAAGACCAUCCACCUACUGCUGCUGCCUGGACACAAUGCCACCCAGAUCCAGUACAACAUCACUUUCCAGGGCACCGACAACCAGGACUUCACCAUGAUCUUCUCUGUUGCUGUGGAUACCCGAGAAUUCCCCAAGUCUAAUGUGUCCAAACCUGUUCAGGAGAAGAAUGAGCUUGCACCUGAACCAACCGUGGUGACCCCAGAACCAGAGGUCCACUUUGAAGACGUUGCCAAAGAAAAACAGGGCCCUAGAGUUAGAGAGAAGACCCUUGGCGAGAUAGAGACUGUGCAGGUGCCUGCGUUAAACGAAUCUCUUUUGCUUGAGGAAGUGAAGGUUGAGUUACGGAAACUAAAUGAGAAGCUAAAAUUGGGUGAUAUCACCAUUAAAGGCUAUAAUUUGACCAAAGCUGUGCUGUUGGAGCCCUACAAGCACAAAGCUCAGCUUUCACUAAACAAAAAAUACCCUGCAGAGAAGCAGCACCAGAGCAAAGAACAAAACAAAGGAAAUUUAUCCAGUACACAGCAGGUAGAGAAGGCGGCAAGGGUGAAAAGAGCACAUGAAGACCCAGGAGUGGAGAAACAUGACCAAAUAAAAGUCUUGCCAUCUCUUAUUCCAGUCCAGAUUGAUGGGGUUACUCCCAAAGCUCAAUCUCGAUUGGUUGGCAUGGAGAAACUUCACUCGUCUAAGCUCCUCAACACCCUGGUGGGGAACAUGUCCAAAGAGAGAGGUCCAGAAAAUGAAGCCCACAUCCGGGGGCGGCCCAUGAGCCGUAAACUCCAGCACUACACCAGCUCAGACCGUGGCUUCCUUCCAUGGGAGAGGAGAAAGUUCUUUCAGGAUCUGUUGGAGGAAGAGGAACGUCUGGAGAGAGAGCUUCAGUAUACAGCUGAUAGUGCCGCCUAUGGCAGGAGGUUACAGGACACUUUCGCAGACUCACUCCGCUAUGUCAACAGACUCUUGAAUGCUCAGUUCGGCUUCACCUCUCGCAAAGUGCCCGCUCACAUGCCUCACAUGGUUGACAGGCUCAUCAUGCAGGAGCUGCAGGACAUUUUACCUCAGGAGUUUGAUAAGACCUCAUCUCAUCGUGUGCGUCACUCUGAGGACAUGCAGUUCGCCUUCUCUUAUUUCUACUUCCUAAUGAGUGCAGUGCAGCAUCUCAAUAUAUCGGAAGUGUUUGAUGAAAUCGACACGGAUCACUCCGGCGUGCUGUCCGACCGCGAGAUCCGCACACUGGCCACACGCAUCCAUGAACUCCCCUUAAGUCUUCAGGAUUUGACCAAUCUCGAGCAGAUGCUCAUAAACUGUUCGAAGACUCUUCCAUCCAACCUCACACAACUCCACUUUAUCAGCUCCACCCAGGAGGCCUAUUAUGACCCCAGCAUGCCGCCUGUCACAAAAGAUCUAGUCAUCAACUGCAAAUCCAUCACAGAGAGGAUACACAAAGCCUUUAGGGUCCAGAAUAAAUACAAGUUUGAAAUAAUGGGGGAGGAGGAGAUCGCAUUUAAGAUGAUACGGACCAAUGUCUCACAUGUAGUGGGACAGCUGGAUGACAUCAGGAAGAACCCGAGGAAGUUUAUCUGCUUGAAUGACAACAUUGACCACAGCCAUAAGGAUGCCAGCACUGUUAAAGCAGUACUGAGGGACUUCUAUGAGUCCAUGUUCCCACUGCCCUCUCAAUUUGAGCUGCCUAGAGAGUACAGAAACAGGUUCCUCCACAUGUCAGAGCUACAGGAGUGGCGAAUAUACAGGGACAAACUGAAGUUCUGGACCCACUGUGUGCUUGUGACAUUGGUCGUCUUCACUGUCAUGUCUUUCUUUGCUGAGCAGCUGAUCAUGUUGAAACGCCGACUUUUCCCCAGACGCAGGGUCAGUAAAGAUGUGAACCCCGAGCGGGUGUGAGCUUUACGGCCACUCCAUCUCCUCCUCACUGAACACUGUCCCUUUCACUCAAAGGGCUUGAAUCAGCAGGCGUGCAAGGAGAAUAUGACAUACUCAGAACCAGAGGCCAACUCCUCAAAUGCUUAUGUUAAUGUCCGUUAUGCAAACCGGCAUUUGUGAGACCAUUUGGAUGUGACUGGACCACAGUUCUUGGAGAAACGUCAUGGUACAUGCCUUUUGUGAGCUGCCUCCACUGGGGGGCAUUUGUGAGACUGCAGUCCACAAGGCAAGCAACUUUGGGCCUGCGAUCACAAUUCAGGUUGCGUAUUGACUGAACUGAACUCAAAGAUUUGUGUUGCACUACAUGCCAUAUGACCUUACGUGUUUGAAUUGUAUUAAUUAAAAUAGGAUUUUAAAUUCUAAGGGAAUGUGAAGGGUAAAGGUACUACCCAUCGAAGGAUUGUUCUCUCCGUUCAGUGCCUUUCUUUACCACAUGAGUGAAUUUUAAUGCACCACUGGAAUUCUUUUAUGUCUUGUGCUUUGCUUGUUUGCAUCUGUUUUAAAAGGAUAGUUCACAGACAAAGGAAAAUUCCAUCAUCAUAUACUUAUCCUCAUUUAUUUACAUAUAUAAGGAUAAUCAAUAAGGAACUUUCUCCCUCUCUCUAAUUUAAAUGCAUGUCAGUCAUAAUGACAACUUUUGCUUGGAAGUCUUAUAUAUGCUCGUCUCUUGGUGAGACAAUUAAAUACUGACUUCGUCUGAAAUUCAGAAGCCACAUCCUGUGGCCCUGUUGUGUAUUAACUCCUCAUCUAGUCUUUCAACUCUUUUUAUUUUUAUUUUUAUUUUUAUUUUUUAAUUUUUUUUAUUUAUUUUAUUUUUCUCUCUCACACACGUUGCUACUACUGACCUACCCAUGUGACAGUGUAUACGUGCCUGACUAAACAGACUUGAGUACUGAAUGAUGAUGCUGAUCUAGGAUGAAAAGUUUACUUUUAUUUAUUGGGUUAUAAAAGAUAUGAUUAAUCUCCUUUUGUUUCAUUUCAAAAGUUUUGGUUGCAGAGAUUCUGCAUCCUAAAAAUAUUUUUGUAUUCCUCUAAAUUCUACUGACAUCUGAUACAUUUUAUCAAUUGUAAAUUCAACCAGCAAGGUGGCAUGUUAUUCUUUAAUUGCUCGAGGACAAAAGCCAGUUUAAUAAUGAACUUGUACACUUGACAUAAUCUGAAUGAGAAUAUAAUGAAACGGUCAAAUCUGUUUAUUAAAAAGAGUGACUUCAAAACGUGUUUUGUCAUGAUUGCUUUGAUAUGCCUAAACAGCAGGUAAGAAUAAAAUGAACUGUGGUUAGUUGCUGAACUUGUCGUUAGACUGUCAGUGGGCAAUUCUGGGCCAGAAUAAGCUGCAACUUGCACCAAACUUUGAAACCAUGAAACUAAUAACGUGACAUGUCAAGCAAAUCUCCAUUGAUCGUUUCACCAUCAGUCUGGGGGACCCGAGG